CAAUUCAAACAGUUUGUAACGUUCGUGGUAAGCGCAUGUGAACGGCGGAUGUACAACGCAGUUAAAGCGGACGUUUCUUCUAACGGCUAGGUGUUUUCAGCGAACGUAAAACGUACGAAAUUUCGCUUCUAACUGAACUGGGCUAAGACAUUCGUUCGUUUGUUCGAUCGUUCGUUGGCUAAGAGAUCAGAAAUCGUGUAAUUUUAUUUUAUCUUUUUUAUUUUUCUAUUCACAUUCUGUCGAUUGUUUCCUUAAAACGCGUUUAGUUUUAUCGUUUUUGUAGAAUACAAAAUGUUACCAAAAAUGAAAAUACUCUAUUUGGGCGUAUGCCUUUAUUUACUGCUGAACACCGUGCACGCUAAGCCCUCAAAGGAUACCGAGGAGAAGAAGGAUAAGAAAUCUGAAAAGAAAAAUGAUGAAUUUCCCGAAGAAGACAGCGAUAUGCUUAUGGAGCCAAAUGAUUUCUCGCCCAUAACCAUUUUACGGUCACAAGAGCGACAGUUCUAUGAGCCACCCACGACCAUAGUACAACACUUCCGUCCCGUGCAAAGUACACGGUAUAAUGCCAGAUCUGAUGUGCACGAGCCAAGACAUCGAAUAAAUCCAGGCGAUUCUCACAGUCAAGCUGCACAGAAUUAUUAUCCACCCUUUUUUCGGGAGGCACCACCAUCUGGUCAUUCUCGACCCUACUUCUCUCUGCCCGAUGCUCCCUUUUUGCCAAAAUACGAAACAAGGCCCGAAGGAAAUCUGGGUCCUGGUUUGGCGCCCAAUCAAAAACCAGGUGGUUAUGAUGCCUCAAUUUUGGGUUCUGGAGAUUUUGGUGUUAUACGCGGUGGCACCUUCUACCCCGAAGAAGAAAUGCCUUACCAUCCCGAAGACAGCGUUGAUUUUGUACAAAAAUAUACCUACCCGGAGGAGCAAUUUGCCCAUUUCCGUGAUUUUGCCGACAUUAAUGUGCCCGUCGAUACGGCCUUUUCACAUUUUGUUGUUGUCUAUCAGGCCAAAAACUCGACCAAACCCAGCAAUCAUCCACAUCCGAAAAAUAUCUUUGAACAAUUGGAACUGCUGGAUAAGGAAAAAGCAGCCGAGGAAAAGAAACUAAAGAAAUCGAAACAUUCGAGUAAGAGUAAGACGAAAUUGGUCAAGACAAAACUGCAACAGAAGAAAUACAAAAAGAAAUCGGUGCACAAGGAAUUGGAGGAUGAACCAUUGUUGGCUUUAAGUUAAGAACAUUGAGUGGGUUAAGAAACGUUUGUGUAUCUGACGAACAAAAUUCUUAAAGACAUUAUUUUAAUUUUAAUUUAUUAAUUUUAAUGAAAAUCACACACAUACAACCAUACACAAACAAUUCAUACACAUACACAGGUACAUACAUUUACAGAAUUUGAUGUAGUGGAGUGUUUUGGCAAACCGAAAAUGGUACGCGGUUGUGCCAAAAUUGAAAAAAAAAUAGAAAAUCAAUAUUAAUUUACUCAAAAUCAAAUCAAUAUAAUCGUUUUGUUAAAUAGAAUUGAAAUUUUAAUUUUAAAUGUACAAAAUUAUAUACACAUAUACAUACACAUUCCGCGACACACUUUUAUACUCAUUUCAUACUUUUCUCAUUACUCUAUAAUACGAAUUUUUGACUCGAAUAUUCUACUUAGGGCGAAUUAGUGGGGGUUCUUUACUUACUCACCAAGGCCUUCAGUCCCAAAAAAGAAAUUUAAUCACACCACCAUCUCCCCUCUUAAGACUUGACAUCCAUUUUAUUGGGCAGUGUUUUUAAGGAAAUAAUUUGUGGAUGAAAGUUGCCAUUCAGCAACAACGAACCCCCCAAUUAAUAUUACUCAACCGAAUUUAAUGACAUUUUACAUUUAGGGGUCUAAGCGAGUUAACACAUUUUGUGUAAACCUCAUUGUCACUGUCUUCAACAUAUAAGCUAUCUAUUUGAGUAAAAAAAUUACGAAUUUACGUUUCUAUUGCCUCUGCACUAUAUUCAAUUUAGUUCCUUCCUGCGUCUAUCUCGAAGAGAUAUAAGUAAAAUUUAUUUCGAUACCUGUAACCAAUUUACCAAAUCGACUUCAUGGCUUUCUUUCGAAGUGGAGAUCUUAUUUUAUUUGCCGUUUAUUGCCAGUUCCUCAGCUUUCCAAAUGGUAUACUCCAUAACAUAAAUACGUUAGGGUUAAUUUCGAAUUGUCCGUUAGAUCUAAGAUCCGCUUGAUUUCAAAAUCUGGUGUGCUAAUCAAUUUUGUUUCAUUUCUUGGUCUGCUUUUUUAUACCUUCAGUCAUAUAUCGUUAAAUACGGCCAAAAUAUGCCUCAUCGAAAUAAAGGUUUUAGACCCAAGGUCUCUUAGAACCAUUUCCGUUUCAUGACAUCUGGAGUCGAUCUAGGGAUGUCCGUCUGUGUGGCUGAUGCGCACGAUAACUCUCGAACGGAAUAUCUGAUUUGGUGAAACUGGGUACAUUGUAAUAUUAUUAUCAAACUUAGAUCGAGUUCGCAAAAAGCCAAUAUCAGUCUACUCCUUCUAGUACCUCCUCCACAAAAUGUCAACAUUUUCAUAGAAAAAAUUUACCUAUUAGAACUAUUAAGAAUUAUUAAAUUUUACUAAGAAAAUUGUUGGAGUGAGAUCGGAUGCAUCGUUUCAAUUCUUCUACCUCCCCACAUAGAAAUCAAAAUUUUAAAUUUCAUAAAAUGAGAAAUAAGCACCUGAUUCCUUCUAAACUUCACACAUUCCAAUACUUUUAUCAACGGAAGAACUGGAGUAAACACAAUAAAUAUCGAUCCGUCUCUUCUGGUAACUCCUCCCAAAAAGGGUCCCAAUUUAUAAUAACCUGCGAAUUAAGUCAACGAUUCCUUUCAAACUUUGUAUGCUCUACUAGAUUUGGACUAUAUCGAAUACUUCCUUCAAAUUUUAUGAGAAAUGUGAUGGUUUUUGUAAAAUGUUGAUAUAUACAUGAGGUGCCACAUAUAUAGCGGACCGAAGUAUUUCACUUCAUCUAGUACUGAUAAAAAUAUUGGUACGUGCAGCAUUUAAAGAAAAUCCAACAUUUAUUUGCAAUUUUAUCCGAAUAAUCAAAAUUUUGGACAUUUGUGGGGAGCUACCGAAAGGAGUUGUCCGAUAAAUUUCAUAUUCACAUCAGAUCUCUGGUUAAUCGUUAGCUUAUUUCGCAGGUUAUGAGAUAUAUCAGUAUUAUAAAUUGUGACCCUUUGUGGGAGGAGGUGCCAGAAGGGGCGGGUCGAUAUCUAUUGUGUUUACACCAGAUCUUCCGUUGAUAACUUGGUAUGCACUUCAGGAAUUGCUCCAGUCUAAACCGAAUGCAAUAUAUGCAACAUUUUUGGAUAGUACACCAUUCU